UUAGAAUUACGCCUCGCACGAUGGACGCAUCAAAGUUCAGUUCUAUUAUUAUUUUUGUUGGUAUUUUUUUGUGUCUAUGUCUGGCACAGGUUAAGGCAGAGAGCGAAUUCACUAUAGUCACCGACGAUUCGGAAAAAACUUGCACAUCAAAAAUAAGUGACUGUUCGACGACACCACCAAUACACGAUUUGCUUCUCGGGCUAAAAGGUGCAAUGGGUGAACAAGGAUUGCCUGGUGUAAAUAGAAAAUGCGAUUGCAUACCAAGAGGUAACACCGAAAAUGAUAAGGGAGAAUCAAGAAGUCGACCUUCGAAAAGAACUUGUAGGAAUGUAUCGCAGUCAGAUCAAAAGCAGCAAUGGCUGGGUAAAAACGAACUAGAUUCUUUUAAAAUCGAAUGUGUCGAAGGAAACCUAACUUGCAUAGCACGAGAAAAUUUUCUUCCAGCGGUAUUCAUUGAAAUUAAUAAAAACUUAACUGGAGAAAGCCAGUUCGUCUAUUGGAACAAAAUUGCAAGCCGUUCUUUGAAGGAUAUGCUCGGAAUACGUUCGAGCCAGAUCACGUGGCUACAUGGAUUAGUGAAUUCGGCUCGUCAAACUUUAAGGAUCCACGGGUUGAAUGUGGCCGCGCAAAACCGCGGAACCAUCGGCACGUUCGUUCAAUUGCUCACGUGGAAUGACGUCAUAAUCGGUUCUGCUUCUACAGACUCAGCGCCAUUCUAUUACAACGUCGUAUUUCCUGAUUCGUGUACAGAAACGAACUCCACUGCUAAGCCAUGUGAAUACUUUGACGUUACAAUGGAAACUGAAAUGGUUGUUCGACUGCCGGUCACCGACAUCAUCUUUAAUUUCAGCUCAACUGAAGCAAAUCUAAAUGUUUCCGUGGAAAAUAUUGAAUUAUGUUUUGAAUAA